GUUAUACUUCAUCACAUGUUGUCUAAAGCAACUGUAAAGGCCAGACCCUCUGUCCUGUGGUGUUACAAAAAGGAGCUGGGCUUUAGCAGCCACCGGAAGAAGAGGAUGAGACAACUACAGAAGAAGAUUAAAAGUGGAACUUUAAACAUAAAGGAUGAUGAUCCUUUUGAGUUAUUUAUAGCAGCCACAAACAUUCGCUACUGCUAUUACAAUGAAACUCACAAGAUUCUUGGUAACACUUUCGGGAUGUGUGUACUUCAGGAUUUUGAAGCCUUGACUCCAAACCUGCUAGCUAGAACUGUUGAAACAGUAGAAGGUGGUGGAAUUGUGGUGAUUCUCCUGAGAACUAUGAACUCACUGAAGCAGCUGUAUACAAUGACCAUGGAUGUACACUCUCGAUACAGAACCGAGGCACACCAGGACGUGGUAGGACGGUUUAAUGAGAGGUUCAUUCUGUCUCUGGCCUCAUGCAAGAAUUGCAUCGUCAUUGAUGACCAGCUGAAUAUCUUGCCCAUUUCCAGUCACGUUGCAAACAUCACGCCUGUUCCACCACAGUCACAGGAAGACAGGCUCCAGCCUCAGGACUUGGAGCUGAAAGAACUGAAGGAGAGCUUGCAGGAUACACAACCUGUAGGAGUUUUGGUGGAUGGCUGUAAAACUCUGGAUCAGGCAAAAGCAGUUCUAAAAUUUAUCGAAGCCAUUUCUGAGAAGACUCUACGGAGUACUGUGGCAUUAACAGCAGCCAGGGGACGUGGUAAAUCUGCUGCUUUGGGACUGGCUAUAGCUGGAGCAGUAGCUUUUGGUUACUCCAAUAUCUUUGUCACAUCUCCAAGUCCUGAUAACCUUCACACUCUCUUUGAGUUCAUAUUUAAAGGCUUUGAUGCACUGCAGUAUCAGGAACAUCUAGACUAUGAGAUUGUUCAGUCUUUAAAUCCGGAGUUUAACAAGGCUGUUGUCCGAGUGAAUGUGUUCAAGGAGCACAGACAAACCAUUCAGUACAUACACCCUGCUGAUUCUGUGAAACUGGGUCAAGCUGAACUUGUUGUGAUUGAUGAAGCUGCUGCCAUUCCUCUACCCCUGGUGAAAAACCUGCUGGGCCCUUAUCUUGUUUUCAUGGCUUCUACGAUCAAUGGGUAUGAGGGUACUGGUCGAUCACUAUCUCUGAAGCUCAUUCAGCAGCUCCGUCAACAGAGUGCACAAACCCAAGUCUCCAUGACAGCAGAGAACAAAUCUACAGCUACAGCUAAACUCGCCUCAGCUCGUACGUUGCAUGAAAUCUCCCUCCACGAGUCAAUCAGAUACGCCCCCGGUGACCCAGUUGAAAAGUGGCUAAAUGAUCUGCUCUGUUUGGACUGUCUCAGCAUCACCAGAAUUAUCUCCGGCUGCCCACUGCCUGAGACGUGUGACCUAUACUACGUAAAUAGAGACACACUUUUUUGUUACCACAGAGCAUCAGAAGUUUUUCUGCAGAGACUGAUGGCCCUCUAUGUGGCUUCACACUACAAGAACUCGCCCAAUGACCUCCAGAUGCUAUCUGAUGCACCUGCCCAUCAUCUUUUUUGCCUUUUGCCACCCGUUCCACCUACCCAGAAUUCAUUACCAGAAGUACUUGCUGUUGUUCAGGUGUGCAUGGAGGGAGAGAUCUCUCGCCAGUCUAUCAUGAACAGCCUUUCUAGGGGAAAGAAAGCUUCUGGUGAUCUUAUUCCCUGGACCAUUUCAGAGCAGUUCCAAGAUCCUGACUUUGGCAGCCUCUCUGGUGGACGUGUUGUUCGUAUUGCAGUUCAUCCAGAUUAUCAGGGGAUGGGCUAUGGCAGCAGAGCUCUGACUUUACUGCAGAUGUACUAUGAAGGCAAAUUCCCAUGUUUGGAAGAAAAAACAAUUCAAAAGCCGAAAGAAAUUGCAACUGUGAGCAGUGAGACUGUUAGUUUAUUAGAAGAGGUUGUGACACCUCGGAAAGACUUGCCUCCUUUACUUCUCAAACUGAGCGAGAGACAAGCUGAAAACCUAGACUAUCUAGGGGUAUCUUAUGGCCUAACACCAAGAUUACUCAAGUAA